UGGGGCUCCGCCUCCCGUUUCAGUCCAGCUGCGCCAGAUUCCUAGCUUGGAGGGAGUCUUUUUCUAGGAGUGCGAGAACAGCUCAGAUUCCAGCCUCUCUUGUAUUCUAGCCCUGCGGCUUCAGUAGGACCUUAGCUGGCAGCAUCUUCUAGCUUAAGUGUCAGUGAAGCUGCAGUAGGAAAAGAGAAGAAAAAGGAAGGCAGGAGCAGCAUCAAGUACCUCGAGCUCCCGCUGAGCUCCUGGAACGGGAAGGAAAAGGAGGGAAGGAGCAGCAGCAGCAGCCCCCCAGCAGCAGCAGCAACAGGAGCAGCAGCAGCAGCAGCAGCAGCCGCUGAGGCCCCGCUUUGCCCAAGGCUCCUCAACCUGCUGUACCUACCUGGCUCGGAAGGUCCUUUUUCUCUCUCCCAGGGGAAGGCGAAGGCUCCCCUAUGAGCCGCAAGGGAAACGAGAAUGUGGAGUACACCCUGCGGAGCCUGAGCAGCCUCAUGGGCGAGAGGCGGAGGAAGCAACAGGAUCCAGACUCGGCCAGCGUCUCUGGGGAACAGAGCCUCAUCGCUGCCACCGAGUCAUUCUGCAGCCUGCAGGGGAGUGGUGGCCCCGGCCCUGGCUCCGGCACCUACCUGGGCAGCAGCGGGGAUCUGGAGCGGGCUGCGCGUCGGCAAUUCCAGCAGGAUGAGACCCCUUCCUUCGUCUACGUAGUGUCGGUCUUCUCAGCCCUGGGAGGCUUCCUGUUUGGCUAUGACACGGGAGUGGUGUCGGGGGCUAUGCUGCUGCUGAAGCGGCAGCUCAGCCUGGAUACGCUGUGGCAGGAAUUGCUGGUGUCUGGAACCGUGGGGGCGGCUGCCCUCUCGGCGCUGGCCGGCGGGGCCCUGAACGGCGUAUUUGGCCGCCGCGCCGCCAUCCUGCUGGCCAGUGCACUCUUCACUGCUGGCUCCGUGGUGCUGUCAGUGGCGCAGAAUAAGGAAACGUUGUUGACGGGCCGAGUUAUCUUGGGACUGGGGAUCGGUAUUGCUUCCAUGACAGUACCAGUGUACAUUGCAGAAGUUUCUCCACCCAAUUUAAGAGGCAGAUUAGUAACUGUUAACACACUAUUCAUCACAGGAGGGCAAUUCUUUGCAAGUGUUGUUGAUGGAGCUUUCAGUUAUCUCCCAAAAGAUGGAUGGAGGUAUAUGCUGGGCCUUUCAGCUAUUCCAGCAAUAAUACAAUUCCUUGGAUUUCUCUUUCUGCCGGAAAGCCCAAGAUGGCUCAUUCAGAAAGGACAGACUCAAAAAGCUCGGAGAGUUUUGUCACAGAUACGAGGCAACCAGACAAUUGAUGAGGAAUAUGAUAGUAUCAAAAAUAACAUUGAAGAGGAGGAAAAAGAAGUUGGUUCAGCUGGACCUGUGAUCUAUAGAAUGCUGACUUACCCUCCAACUCGCCGAGCUUUAAUUGUGGGUUGUGGCCUACAAAUGUUCCAACAGUUAUCAGGCAUUAACACCAUCAUGUAUUACAGUGCAACCAUUUUGCAGAUGUCAGGAGUUGAAGAUGAUCGACUUGCAAUAUGGCUUGCCUCAAUUACAGCUUUCACAAAUUUCAUCUUCACUCUAGUUGGAGUCUGGCUUGUUGAGAAAGUGGGCCGAAGAAAACUUACACUUGGUAGCUUAGCAGGUACUUCUGUAGCGCUCAUUAUCCUUGCUUUGGGAUUUUUGCUGUCAGCUCAGGUCUCACCACAAAUCUCUCUUAAGCCAACAGCUCCUUCACAUCAGAACUCUUCUUGCACAAAAUACAGUUCCUGUGAUGGAUGCAUGCUUGAUCCAGGUUGUGGAUUCUGCUAUAAGAUGAAUAAAUCAGCUGUGAUUGACUCCUCCUGUGUUCCAGUCAAUAAAGCAUCAGCAAAUGAGGCUGCCUGGGGGAGAUGUACUAAUGAAACCAAAUUCAAAGCAGAAGACUUAUUUUGGGCUUACAAUUUCUGUCCAACUCCAUAUUCCUGGACUGCACUUUUGGGCCUUAUUUUAUAUCUGGUUUUCUUCGCACCUGGAAUGGGACCAAUGCCUUGGACAGUGAAUUCUGAAAUCUAUCCACUUUGGGCAAGAAGUACAGGAAAUGCAUGUUCAUCUGGAAUAAACUGGAUUUUCAAUGUUCUAGUUUCAUUGACCUUUCUACAUACAGCAGAGUAUCUUACAUAUUAUGGAGCCUUCUUUCUCUAUGCUGGAUUUGCUGGUUUGGGACUCAUUUUCAUCUAUGGUUGUCUUCCUGAGACGAAAGGGAGAAAACUGGAGGAAAUUGAAUCACUGUUUGAAAACAAAUUAUGUACAUGUGGUACUUUAGAUUCUGAUGAAGGGAGAUACAUAGAAUAUAUUCGAGUGAAGGGAAGCAAUUAUCAUCUUUCUGACAAUGAUGCUUCUGAUGUGGAAUAAAUUUCAGCUGCUGAUCUAUCUAAACAGAUUAAAAAAAAAAACUUCUGGGGGAAGAAAAAUAGCUUUUGAUGGAUUUUAUUGUCCUAUUCCUGGCCUGGUUCUCAUUUUUACAGUCUAGUUUUAAAUACCUUCAUAAUUUUAAAAUAAUUGUAAUUAUUAUGUGCAAUAAAUUUUACUGAAGAGCAGAAAAUGGAUUCACAGAUAUUGAAAUCUACCAAUUCUUGGCCAAAAUUUGGUUGUCCAUGGUUAACAUUUAGUCUCCUGACAUCCUUAUUUCCUGACUAGCAUUAUAUUUGUGACAAUAUAGCAAAAAUAAAAAGCAAUCUAAAACAUUGAAAUAUGAUUUCCAUCUAACUGAAAAGAUUUUGGCUGCUUUAUAUAGGGUGUUACUCUCCUAGAAUACUAUAUCUGAUAUCAGUUUGAUCAACCAUAAUUUACCUAUUAAAGGUCAUUAACAAAGAUUAUUUAAAGUUAUGUCAGAAUUCUAAAAGUCCCUUCUGUAUAGACAGACCUACUUCUCACCAUCAUGGUUUAGUGGAGUUUCUCUUUCAAGCCAAAUCAGGUUCUAAGAGAAGAUGCAAUAGAUUGACUGCAUUUAGAAUCUUUUAAAGACAAUUUUGCUAUCCUCAAUUGGCACAAUAAGCUAAUACAAUUUGAUAAUUGCAUUUUUUUGCCAGGAUAACAUAAAAGAGUUUUAACUGGAUUUCCUAAUUAAAUAAUAAUUUAGAUACCCAGUUGCAAACAGAAAAUAAUAUCAGGUCACCAUUUCAUUAAAAACUUUUUUGUUUUUGUUUUUCCUAAAAUGUUGCUUAAUAAUAAUCUCUGGCUUAUUGAUAUUCAUUUUCUCUUUAUUUUUCUUUUGUUAGCAUUGUGCAAAUAACUCUUAACAGAUCUUUCUCUCCAUUAAUUUCAUUAAAUUUAUGACUUGAAACAAUAACAAAAAGUUAGGGAUACAAACAAGUCUGUUUUUUAGUAAUACUUAUUUCCUUAAAAUUGUUAUUUCUAUUUUGAUUUAUUAUUAUUUAUUAUAUUAAUAUGGAUAAUGUAUUGCUAUCUAUUUGGGUUUCUGAUUUCUUAGGCUAAUAUUGGCAACCCACAUUUACCACUACCCACAUUUUUUUUUAACUUUUAAGGGAUAUGUUGGUUUUGGGUUUGCAUAAUCUUCACGCUUUUAUAAUAUUAAAUUAAGAAAACAGAUUUUUAUUGCUAUACCCCAUUUAGACUUUUCCUUCCCUAUCUAAAAAUGGUUAUUGAAUAAGAUAGUUAAUGACAUGUAGGUGAUGAAUUUUAACACUAUUUUAAUGUAUUUGUUUAAUGUCUUUAAAUACUAUUAGUUUUUCAUUUCCAUAUUUUGACCUUUGUAAUUUGGGAAGCUGUCUUUUUAAAAUAGUGCAACCUCAAAUUAGUAAUCUAAAAAGCCUAGAUAAUAUUUACCUAACUCAAAAAGCAUUCUCAGCUACUAGAGCCUAGUAAAUUUCCUAGUAAAGGAAAUCUAUAUUACAAACACUGGAGGGGCUAAUGUUCAGUGCGUUAAAGAAACUAGAAAACUUCUUGUCCAGAUGAGACACUGUCAUUUCUUUCAUAAUUGUAUUUUUCCUUGUUAAUUUGUGACAGCUCCACAGGGCAAAAGUUUUCUUUUUUGGUUUUGUAGUGACCUGAAGACAGAAUAUUAGUUUGCUGUUGAAUAGUAACAUUAACAGAGAUAAUCUAAUAUUUAAAUCAUACAAUGAACAAAUAUCACCUAGAAAUAAAAGAUUGACAGCUAUCUUUAUUUGUCCCUAGAUUUAUUCAUUUAUCCCUGUGAUUAUGCCAGAAUCAGCAUAAUAUGUAUGAAUGCAAUUGCAUCUCAAAUUCCAAAACACUUGCAGCUCUUUGGGAGCUUGUUAGGAUUACAAAGCACUAGUGCAUUUUGGAAAAUAUAAACAAAGAUAUUUUUUGGAAAUAAUUCUAUUCAAUUAAGUAAACAUUUCUCCAGUGCUUACUAUGUGCAAAGUAUUGCUAGCACUAGAAAUACAAACAAAAAUAAAAUUGUUCCUGCUCUGAAGGAGUUUGCACUUUACUUUUAGACAAAAUAUGUUAUAUAAAUGCUAAGGGGGAAAAAAAGACAAAAAGAAUAGGCCAGGAGGACAAGAGAAGAUUUUUAUGUAGGAUUUGAGUGUAUUUAAAAGAAGCUAAGAAUACUGUGAUUAAGAGGUAAGAAAGGAGUAGGAAACCAUUUGUAUAAGGUAGGAAAGAUGAGAUAGAAUUUCAUAUAGAGGAACAGUUAGCAGACCAGUAUAAUAUAAUGCUAUUUUAUGCACAAAACUGGUAUCUAUACAGCUGUAGGACAGAUUUCUACCCUUUAUGUUUUUACAAGCUCUCUUCAUAGUUAUUUAUAAUGAGGAUCUAGCCUAUUAAGUCCAUUGUCUAAGCUAACUUAUAUGUAGGUUAAAGUCCUGAAAUUGAAGGGGGAAAAAAGAAUAUAUCAUUGUCAUUUUAUAUACUAAAAAUAAUUAUCUUACUCUUGUGAUAUUCUCAUAUGAAUAUUUGUUUCAAUGGUCGUAUUAUCAUUUGGUGUUUUUUGGAAAGGGGGCUUCAGGAAAAAAAAUGUAAUUUAAUGUACAAUUUUGCCCUCUUGAUAUUUCUUACCUUCUAUAUUGGUAAAGUAGAAAAUUGAGCAAUUGUGGUGUUAGAUGAUGAAGAAAAUCUCUAGUUAUUCAGUGAAUUCAGUUUACAUAGAAAAUAUACAAAGCAUUGAACCUGUAUUCUUCCCAAUAUUUUCUCCUAAUAUUUCCCGACAUAUCUAAUAACCACUUCAGUUUUUCUAGUUUGUCUGUAUUCAUUGCCUUAAUUAUUUACAUUUGCCUUUGCUGGAUCCUCAGUUCUUACAUUGAAUACACAAACUUAUUUGCCACUUUUUUGAAACUUCCCAUCUAUAUUAAAAGAAAGUGAUUUUUUUUUUUAGACCAGGUCUCUAAAUGCAGUUGUUGACAUCAAUAAAUUAAUUAUUUUCUUAUUUGUUACUGACAUCGUACUUUCACCUCCUACCCCCUUUUGGUGUUCUAUUUAAGUCUUCCUUUUUUCCCCACUUUAUAUAAAGGUAAAGAGGAUAUUCCACAUAUUUUUAGAUACUAGACUAAGGCACAAUAUGAGAAUUAUUUGUAAUUUUUAAAUGUAAUAAAUACCUGAAAAGUGAGCCUUAAAAAUUAGUUUUACUUUUUGAUUCAGUGAAGAUUUGUAGAAUAUGAAGAAAAUUAAGUUUAUAUUUUACAGAAUUUUUAAUAUUAUGCUUUUUUAGUUAUAAGUGAAUAACUAACACAAUAUACUUGACAGCAUUCCAUGUAAAAAUUCCACAAAAUAAUGAUGGUAGAAUCUUUUCAUAUAAUAUAAUAGAAUUUUGAUUUGUUAAAUUAAAAAAAUCUGAGCACAAAAUCAUUUUAUUAAAUUUUUUUGAAAGAGAAUGUAGAUUUCUUUCUAAAGAUGCAUUUUUAAUUCUGGUGCAUUGUGCUUCAACUGAAAAAGAGGUGAAAUCCCUGCUGUUUCCAAUUUUAUUGAUUUGAAAUUAAUUAGGAAAGAUAAUGUUGGAUGUAUUUUGAUAGAAUUAUUAGAUUAUAAUAUAUUGAUAUUUCAAUUUGUUCCUGACUCAGCUAUAUAAUUUGUUUAAAAUCAUAUUACUCAAUGAACUUUAUGAGAAUAUUUGACAUAACAGGCCUUUUUAAAUUAACAAGAAAAAGGAAAAACAAAUUGAAGCAAAGAAUCAUAAAUUAAGUCUUUUUCAUUUUUAUUACCAUUUAAAAUCUCUUAUGUAUGGAAAAUUGUCAUUCAGGAAAAAGAAGUAAGUAGGUGCACAUAAGUGUAGAAAAAUGGUGAAACUCACAGAUAAUGUGAAAAAUAAUAGCUAUUCUAUAAAAUAUACUCCAUACACAAUUUGGGAUAAUGAAACAUUUGUUCAUAAUUUAUGUAUUAGUUUCUGAGUGUUGUAAUUAAUUUUAUGGAAAAUAUUUAGAGUAUUUAAAAUUAUGAGCACAAUAUUAUGGGAUAAAAUUGAGAAAAUAUUUUCCCAUGAGCCAACAUUUUAUGAUUUUUCAAUUUGCAAAAUGUAUAUCAAGAUCUACCAGUACUAAAAACUUUUUUAAAAAACCCCACCAUUUGCACCAUUAUAAUAAAUUUCUAAUAACCAAAUCUUAAUUGUUGUAGUUGUUAUUGCAAAGUUUUGUGUAAUAGACCAGAAGCAAAGAUGUAACAGUGUGUAGUAUAAAGACAAAGUAUUUAAUGGAAAAUGUAAUGUGCUUAUUUGUAGUUGCUGCCUAUAAAAAUGACUCAGAUUGUUCUCUGGGUUAAUUACAAAGCUUUGUUUUAUGUGCAGAAAUAUUGGUCUUUUAAAAAUCAAACUUCAUAGCCUUUUGUAUAUUAAUGUCAAUCUUAAUUUAUGAUAUAAUUUAGAGUUGUGGUGGUCUUUUGAAUGUCAGAAAAAUAAGCACUUCUUUGAUGUUAGAAUUUUUUUGUCCCUGUCUUCCAAAAUAUAGUAAAAUGUGUAAAAAGUUAAACAACUUAUUAUUAAUUCUAUAGUGAAUGCUGCUGCUUAGAAAAGGAGCACCACCUGUGCCAAUAAUGAUCACUAUGGUAUUUUGUAUCAAAGUAUUAAUGAUAUUUAAAUUACAUGAGAAUAUUUUAUUCAAUAACUUGUGUUGAAAAAUAUAAUUGCUACAAAUCUUUUACUUUUUAUUGAAUACAUAAUCUGUUUGAACUUGAGUAACUUGACUUGUACAAUUUUUAAUUUGUUUAUUUUUUUUAUGUUUUACUUGUUCACACUGGUUUUAAAUGGUUAAAUUCACAUUGAACUUGUCACAUCAAUAUUAAUAAGAAUAGUAGAAAGGUACUAACUAACAAGAUUUAUUUAAAUAUUUUGAUGGAUCUGUAUUUUAUCAUAUGGGUAUUCCUUUCACUGAUGCAGAGUGUAAUACCAAAUAACAUAUAAUAUUCUUAAAAUAGAAAACCAAGGUUUUAUUAUUUUGAAAUAUUUACCAGUUUUACAUCAUGUCUUUUUAUGGGAAAGACUAAAGAAAGUUGAUACUUAAAAUGAAAAUAGAAGAUAUAUUGGUAAUAUAAAUGCCCAAACAGUUUUCCUAGGACUUUUUUUUUUUGACAAUUUCUCUUGUUGUUAUAAUAUCUUUUAGAUGUAACAAUUAUUCAGAUUUAUAUUCAAAGUCUAUAAUAUUCAUUAACAAUCAAAAAUAGUUUUUGUGUUAUUCUUAAGAUAUUUCAAGAAAUAUUUUAAUACCCAAGUGCAUGCUCUAUCAUUGAACACUUACCAUAUUAUAGAAAACUAAUCUGAAAUGUACUGCCAGACUUAAUAUUCCGAAUAUCUUUUAAUAGUAAUAUAUAGUUUCCAUUUCUUUUAAAUUCAUUACAGCGUAUAUUAUAUUUAAUUGUAUAUUUCAAAGAAUCUAAGUGAUGUAAAUUUAAUUGUCUCAUGAUAUUUUGUUGAAAUUAAAUCUUUACAUAAAAUUUAAAUCUUUUUUUAAAGUGUCAGUGCCAGAAUUAUGAAUAAAAGAAAUAAAAGUUUAAAUUGUUCAUUAAAAA